UGGUAGAACAAAAUAAAUGAAUUACAGUAGAGGCGCGCGAAGUUGGACCACUGAUUAAUGUAGGAAAAAGCACGAAAGAAGGGAGUUGUUCAUGGACGCGUCAUGAGUAUAUAAUUCGAAUUGUCAUUCGGAUGUAAGAAACUUUCAGUUUCAGUUUGAUUCGGUUCGUCGGGAAAUACACCACGAAAGAAGUCGGUCGAGUUGUUACUUGACGGUGAGGUUACGUACCUCGUAUAGAAAGUGUAGUUUCGGAUGGUGAUCUGAAGAAGCCAUUGUUGGCAUAUUAAGUUAUCAUAUACGAUAACAAUGGGGUUUAAAAGUGUAGGGGGAAAGAAGUGCAAAUUUAGUGAUGUGGUCCAACUAGAGCGAGAAACGUGUAAAUAGAAAUAAUAUAUGGUGCAGACGACAACCAUCAAUGGGGCCACCGUUGUCAGUGCUGGUGAUGACGGUGGUGACGGUUUCGGUGGUGGUCUGUCAAUGGUUGUGGAAAGCGACAGUGACAGUGCGGCGAGGGAAGGCAGUGGAAGUGCAGGUAGUGGAACAAGCAGUACUCUUAUCAUUAGCAGUGCAAGCGAACAGAACUUCGGCGAACAUCGGGUGGGUGAUUACGAGCAGAAUUCUGUACCGGUUGCAGCUCCGCAGCUGAUGGAAUCUUGGGCUUAUGUGGCCGCCGCAGUGACGCUCUUCUUCAUCGGAUUCUUCGGGUUCUUUCUGAAUCUGUUUGUGAUCGCGCUGAUGUGCAAGGAUAUGCAGCUCUGGACUCCGAUGAACAUCAUUCUGUUCAAUCUAGUGUGCUCCGACUUUUCUGUGUCGAUCAUCGGCAACCCGUUCACACUGACAUCGGCCAUUUCGCGACAUUGGUUGUUCUGCCCAACGGUUUGCGUCGCAUACGGAUUUUUCAUGUCACUGCUAGGAAUAACAUCAAUCACCACGCUGACGGUGCUCUCGUACGAGCGGUUCUGCCUGGUUAGCUAUCCGUUCUCGUCGCGGAGCCUGAGCCGGAGGGGGGCCGUUUUCGCCAUCCUCUUCAUCUGGAGCUACUCGUUUGCCUUAACGUCGCCACCACUGUUCGGUUGGGGAGCGUAUGUGAACGAGGCAGCCAACAUCAGCUGCUCCGUCAACUGGGAGUCCCAAACGAUGAAUGCCACCAGCUACAUCAUAUUUCUGUUCAUUUUCGGCCUGGUCGUUCCGCUGGUGGUGAUAAUUUACAGCUACACGAACAUAGUCGUCAAUAUGAAAAGGAAUGCAGUCCGCAUGGGCCGGAUCAACCGGGCUGAAAAACGCGUUACCCGAAUGGUGUUCGUCAUGGUGCUCGCCUUCAUGGUCGCGUGGACACCGUACGCCGUCUUUGCGCUGAUCGAGCAGUUCGGCCCAACGGAAAUCAUCAGCCCGGCGUUGGGUGUUCUGCCGGCCCUGAUUGCCAAGUCCAGCAUUUGCUACAAUCCGAUCAUAUACGUCGGUAUGAACACCCAGUUUCGGGCGGCCCUCAAACGGGUCCGGAACACCGACUCCGUCGAUAACAACACAACGACCAACCACAAGGACAUCACCAUGGACACCAGCAAGGAGAUCGUGGAGUGUAGUUUCGACUUUUGUCGGAAGAAACGGCUGAAAAUAAGACUGCAUUCUUGCCCGAAGAGCAACAACAACAAUUCGAUGGCCGAUCCGAGCAGUACGAGCAAUCCCGAGUUGGACCGACCGACCGAGGGCCGAAUGACGACGCUCCAUUUGAACGAGCCCUCACGGCCGUUCAGCGGUAAAGCUGCCAAGAAACGUUUGCGGUCGGAUUUUGAACUAUCUGUGAUCAAUAGUGGGAAGUCCAUUCUUAUCAAAUCGAACACAUUCCGGUCCAAUCUGGUGUAACGAAGGAGGGAUGGCGUAGCGUGUAGAGUACGUGGGCCUUAUUGAACCUCAGAUAGUGUGAGUUUAUGCAAUUUUGAUCAGCCACCAGUCAACAGAGUUUUGAAUUAGUGAUAAUAACUAGGAUGAUGCCCAAAAAAACGGAAUUGGCUCAACCUCUAGUACCAUUCUUUGAAUCGAGUGAAUAAGUACAAAUAUAGAACUGCUUGCACAGAGUGAAGUCACAUCAAAAGGAAGGGAAAGGUUACAGCAUUUGAUAAGCAGGUUGGUAAUUGAUGAGCUUUGAAUGGCCUGAUGUUUGUUAAAGCCUGCUUUAACGCCUACAACGAGUCUAUUAGUAUGAAGCGUUACAUGUACCCAUUUUGCUUGUCAAUUUAUUACCGGUAAUAUUGAGGGCAUUAACACGCGUCUAAUAGUUCACGUGUCGGGUAAAUAACACCUAAUGAGCCUUGUUACCAGAACUCAGUGGUGGGAGGUUUAAUGUCACUUCGUACAUACACCAAAAUUGGAAACCCACACCAGAGAAAUCCAUCAAUGGGGACCUAUUUUGACUAUACAAUUAGGGAGAACCGUUUUAAUGAAUAAUAAA